UUAUCUGGACGAAGUACGGCAUUCUCCCAUAUAUCUCGGAAGAGGCUGUUCACAUAACGACACUUCCGGGAGGAGCCGUCGUACAGCCAACCUUCCCAGGGAAAUGUCACUCGCACGCCUUGCACCGUCGUCAGGGCUGUUUCUAUCAACAGAUGACAUACUAAAGUAGUGCGAAGCAUAGGCCGCCAACAUCUUUGCAUUUCAGUCCUUUCCCAAAACUUCGGUAUCACCCUGUAGUGCCUAUUAAUUAAGGUCAGCUCCCGAGUCCGACAGCUCCCUGGCUCCGGCUUGUUUCGCCGUUCAGCGCGGGCGGUUACCACGCAUAGAUAGGAUAACACCGCGAAAACAUCGCAUUAUUUAUUCCGAUGUCCUUACUGUUACCGGUGAGAAGUCGAUGAUCUAAGGAGCCAAAUUGGGAGACGUGCGCUGCUCCACGGGAAUGGGUGUACGUUAGUUUACAGCGCCCCAAAGGUCGCUGUACACUCCGUGCCCGGUCGGUUCCCACAAUCUUUCGCAGAUGGAGAUCACCGACGAGCGAACUUAAGGUUUCCAUAUUCAAUUAGUGACAGUCAGUAUCCGACGGCAUAACGACUAUCCUGAAAUAGCGACAGUCCUUUCUUUAUCAGUAUGUCCCUGAUUCAGUCUUCUUUCGGGAAGCGAACAUGGAUCACGGGCAAAGCAGCAAGCAUGGACUUGGAACAGCAACCACACUACUGCCAAGGGUGCGAUACAUCAUUCACAGCAUUCGGAUAUCCGGUAGGAGAGACAUAUAUAAGCCUGGUUAACUGAAAAGGCCUCAUUUUACAAUCAGCUCUACAUAAUUGGCCUCCUGAAGAGCAACUUCUCCCUUCAAGUCCAGAGUAUCAACCCUUAUCGGCACUUCUGAGGCAUUAUACUGGUGUAAUAUCUUAUCUUUAUCCUAAUCGCUAUACCGACGCUCACAGUAAUGCGGGGGUUAGCCAAGCUUUUCUUCCUAUCCUGUUCCUUCGUUUCGCUGGUCAGCAGCGAGAAGACUGAUGAGUCGCCAACCGCGGUUUCUGAUAACUAUAUGCCGAAAGCGACAGCAACCAUUGACCCUAGUGUAUUCGCUCUUUCAAAUGACUUUGAAAUAACAGAUGUUCCGACGACGAGAGAGUAUACCUUCGAUAUCGCCAACGCUUUCGCCAGCCCUGAUGGUUAUGAACGGGAGGUUUACGUUGUCAACAACAUGUUCCCUGGUCCUGUGAUAGAGGCUAACACCGGCGAUACUAUUAUCGUACAUGUCAACAAUCAUUUGGAUGAAGGACAAAGUCUCCACUGGCAUGGUUUGCGGCAGCUGGGCACGGCUUUCAUGGACGGUGUCCCUGGUAUAACUCAGUGUCCUAUUCCGCCUGGAGGCUCAUUUACCUACAAUUUCACCGUAAGCCAUCAAUCCGGCACGUAUUGGUGGCACUCCCAUUACUCCAAUUCCAUGGCCGACGGCAUUUGGGGCCCCCUAAUUGUGCACUCGCCCAAUGAACCCCUUCAGAGGGGACGAGACUAUGAUGAGGACCGAAUCGUUUUUAUAACUGACUGGAUGCAUGAUAACUCAGAAAUCAUCAUUGCAGCUCUAGCCACUCCAGAAGGAUACAAAGGAAACAUUGCUCCUCCACAAGGUGAUGCGAUUCUCAUCAACGGCCGUGGCCAAACAAAUUGCACAGCUACUGGUUCCUCGUCAUGCUUCUAUCCCCCACCUCCGGAGAUCCAAGUGCCCGUCAACUGCAGGGUUCGUCUGCGCUUUAUCAGCGCGACCGCCCAUCCCAUGUACCGCAUAUCUAUCGACAACCACCCUAUGGAAGUUGUGGAGGCCGAUGGUACUGCCGUCUAUGGGCCGACAGUCCAUGAAAUCUCCAUCGCACCCGGGGAACGGUACUCUGCAAUUAUCAACACCAAUGAAGGGAAAGAAGGUGAUGCGUUUUGGCUGAGGACUAGCGUUGCUCUAAGCUGUAUGUUUGGUGCAGUAAGUCAGGAGGGAUUGGCGGUGGUGAGGUAUACGGGUAAUGGAAUCGUUAGUACUGAGGAGCCUCAGACUUCUGCUUGGAGUGAUCUAGCGGGAGUUACCGUUCCAUGUACUGGACUGGACCAAACAUAUACUCUUUCACCACGAGACAGUCUUAGUGCACCUCGGGAACCUUUGCAAAGCCAUUUCUUCAAUAGCGAACGAGGAGCCUUUGUGAAUGUUCUUGGUAAUACCUUCCAGGGUUAUGGGUUCAACAAUAUCUCAUAUCAGAACCAAAUCUUCAACCCUCUACUUUCAAUCGUCCAACGCGGAGGCUCCUGCGAGAACACAUUGGUAUCCAGUAGAACUUUCCCCGACUUCGGGCCAGGGAACAUUAUCAUCAACAAUCUUGAUACCGUCAUCGACCAUCCUUACCACCUGCACGGCAACGAGUUCCAGGUGAUAGGACGAGGUACUGGAGCUCUCAGUAUUGAUAACCUGACUAAUAUUGACUUCACUUUGGACAACCCCGUGAGAAAGGAUACCCUCUGGAUACAGGGUGGAAGUUGGGCGGUAUUGAGGAUCACAGCGGAUAACCCUGGAGUUUGGGCCUUGCAUUGUCAUAUUGGGUGGCAUCUUACUGAGGGAAAGUUGGCUGUGAUUGUCGUUCAACCAAGUGCGAUUGGACAUAUGGAGAGCCCCGAGUCUUGGACGAAUCUCUGUGCUAACACCGAUCCCAAUGCGUUUGGCCCGGCAAAACGCUCAUCUUCUCCGUCUAUUCAAUCCUCUAAGACAUCCAGUUUCCAGUAUCUCCGUGAAGUCAAAGGGAAGGUUGUUAAACGUAGAGGUGCGCGAGAGGCGUGAGAGACCGCUCGGGUUGGAAGAAUCAUUGGCCAAUGAUAUGAAGAAGAAUUGGGGGGUAAUGCGGCUUGGUACGAGAAGGGGUAUCACAGGCCACUCUAUCUGACGGACUUUUUGGUUAACUGGGGGUUUUAUAUUAUUCCUUCAAUGGACUUUAUCAAAGAAUGCUCAUCUAAUCGUGUACCUAUAGCAAACAAUACUUUCUUUUACGAUAAUGCCAUCAAAAAUUCGAUAGCAUCAUUUCAGUCACUCUGAUGUAUUUAUGAAACAAAUGCAUGAUGCUAUAAUAGUUCACAGGGUGGUCAUCGGACACAAAUGAAUUGC